GAAUUAAUGACAAUUUUUUUUUUGGGUUAAUCAAAAUUUCACUUAGGAAAGUGAAUAUUUUGGGAGAAAAAUUAGGGAGGAACUGAGGAAGGAGGUUGAACAGCGAAAGACGUUUGAAAUUCUGAAAGACUGAAACUCAAUGUUUUGCUAUAAUACGCUUCUUCCUUUUUUUUCUUUUAUUUUUUGUUAUUUUUUUUUAUAAAUAAUUAUUUUGGGGCUUUUAUUAAACUGAAGAUAGGGUUUUUGGUUUGGGGGGCCAGGGUGGUCGCCCCACCUGCCCUGGCCUUGCUACGGCCCUGUCUAAGUUGAACCUAACUUAAGCGACUCGUUCGAUUAUUACCCCUACCUUCCGAGAGGCCAUGAGGAGUAACGUGCUUAAGGCUGCUAUAAGUCUAUAACUAUUACGGAGUACUCGUAACUUCGUAAGUCGUAACCCCGAAGAGCUGUCUCGAAUUCUCUAUAGUCGUGGCAAAAAAACCCCUUCACACGAUCAUCAUAAUUUAGACAAUUGAAAUCCAAAAUGACAGAGAAAGACAGAAAAGGAACAACCAGCACUUCCGGUGCGACUGCCCCACCAGAUCCUUCGCCACCGCUUGUUCAACCGGAACAACAGCCUUAUUAUGGGACGUUUCAAGGGGUUGCUUGUUUCACUCAACCACCGCCUCAGCCGGUUAUCGGUUUCCCUCAGCCUGCUCCUCCGCCUGGUGCCACCAUCCUUUCUAAUUACUAUGCUCGGGGUUAUCAGACUGUUCCUGGUUAUGUCAUUGCUGAAGGAAGACCUUUGAGGGAGCCAAGACUUCCUUGUUGUGGAAUUGGCAUUGGCUGGAUGUUGUUUAUUUCUGGUUUCCUCUUUGCGGCCUUACCUUGGUAUGUUGGAGCCAUGAUUCUACUUUGUGGCAGAGUGGAUUACAGAGAGAAACCUGGGCUUGUUGCAUGCAUGGUAGCUUCUAUUCUGUCUGUAAUUGCUAUCGUAUUUGGAGUCACAAAUGGUGAUGACUUCUGGUGACAACUUGAUGUUUACAAAAGAAAUUGAAGUUGUACAUCCUGCCUUCUUGCAUGAAGCAACAUACACCCUCCUCUUUUUCCUGUAUGAAUUUGCUGAAAUCCUCGGUUGAAUUCGCUGCUUAUAACAUCUCUUAUGUGUCAAUUCCUAUAGGUUGGUAUAAAUGUUCAUUUGAUACUUGAAAUGUUAUGGUACUUUAGCGUUGAGAUUUGAUAGUGCCCACUGACAACAAAAAUAUAAUCUGUACAGUUUUGUGACUCGUUAUUUGCUGGAAGAAAGGCUGUUUGUCCUGUUUUGUGUGCGGAACUACACGUAUAUUUCAUCACUGUAAAUACAGCAAUAUGCUCUUCUGAUGUGUCUGUUUGGCAACUCAUAUUGUGGAUUUGUGGAGUAAGGGGUUAAUUUGUUAAUGGUUGAAUAAUAUUCCCUCCGUUGCUGUUUA